AUGUCUCGGCCAGCGUCCUCACUGGGCAACAGCGAGAAGGAGAGAAAUUUACCACUAGACCAGUCAACAACAGACUCAAAACCUUCGGACGUUACCAAGCCCGAUGAUUGCAACAAGUCGGGUAUUGAAGGUCACGAAAGAAUACCAACGAGUGCCGCCUCGGCCACAGUUGCCACCGCCCAACGUGACUUAUAUGAGCCGUACGCGAACGGUUACCAUUUCCCGCCCGCACAUAAUUGGAAACAGUCUUUGCGGAUAGGAGCGAAGGCCUUUUGGAACUAUACGUGGACACCGAUUGGCUUUUUCGUCGUUCUUUAUGGCCUUAAUGUUGUUGCAUGGGGUGGCAUGCUCUUCCUUUUGCUCUGCAACGCAUCGCCAGCCAUGUGCUACCCAACCUGCAACGACAUCAAUUCACCACGACGUAAAUGGAUUGAAUGGGACUCCCAAAUUGUCAACGCUCUCUUCUGUGUAACUGGUUUUGGCCUGGCACCAUGGAGAUUUCGCGACCUUUAUUUUUUAUUGCAAUACCGCCUUUUACGGAAACCCGAGGCGCUUGCCCGUCUGGCAGGCAUUCAUCGCAGCUGGUUUCGGCUACCUGGCUCUGAUCAGCUUCCUGCCGACGUUGGGCCUGAUAAUGUUGCACAGUUGGCGACGGAUAGGCCGUGGUCACACAUUCCACAUCCUGAGAAAGCUAUCCCAGACCCACCUCUGACGGGUGUCAGAGCACCACCGACGGCCAUUUGGAAAAUGGAUUUUGUUAUCUGGUUUAAUGUGUUGAACACAUUUUUGCAAUGCGUCCUGUCAGGGUUUAUGUGGGGAAUGAACAGGUAUAACAGACCAAGCUGGGCUACUGGAUUAUUCGUUGCCCUCGCCUGUAUAGCAGCUGCCACUGGAGGCCUGAUGAUGUUUUCCGAAGGUAAGAAGGUUAAGAGCAUCGAAGGGGUACCGGUGAGUAAAGAGGACCAGGAGCGGUUAGAAAAGGACAAGGAGUUAGGAAUUCAACACUACAACAAUAUCAAGGAUAAGGAGCCAAAAGGGAACAAGAAGGGCAAAGGGGAAAUUUCAUAA